AUGUCGUGCUGUAUAUUCAAAAACUGUUACAAUCGGCCAAAACCAUUCUCUAAAAUAACGUUCUUCAAUUUGCCCAAAGAUAGCCGACGACAAGUUUGGCUCCAAAAAUCGGGCAAUGAGGAGCUUGCCGCUCAUUUACCGUCCGAUGCACGCCGACAGGUCUGUGAAGUACACUUCGCCGAGCCACACAUCCGGCGGCAGUUUCAUCGGACCACACUCAGCCGCUUUGCUGUUCCGUUGGAUUAUCGAAUACGAAAAGAGCCAAAGGACGAAAAAAAUGACGAAGAAAAUCCAGUCUUGGAAGCCAUCGUGGUUGAAGAAAACUCUGAACAUAGCACGGAAGAUGGUUGCAGUUUUAUCCUACAAACUGAAUCCGAGCAUAAAGAUGAUCCCGAUCUAAUAAUCGAAUACUACCAGGAAGAAGAGGAAGAAGUGUUGCAGGAAGCUACUCCCGAUAGUCAAUCCAUCGACAGUGACGAUGCAGCAAUGUCGCUCGAUUUACAACAACCAGAAAAUAAUCAUUUUGCUCCACAAGAGGAAAACAAUAGUGAUUUAUGUGUCACCAGUAGCAGCACUGCUGCUGCAACGACAGGUAAAAACACUGACCUUGACAGGCCGCAAACCCACAAACAAUCGUUGCGUGCACCGCACCCUCCAGCAGAACAAAACCCGGCUGCAACCAGUGCAAACAGGUUCGCGGACAAAAUGACUGAAGAUGAAUAUUUUGCCAUGUCUCUAGUCGGUCCUCUUCAGCGAUUAUCAAUGGAGACGCGGGCCAUUGCCAAGAUGAAGAUACUUACCUAUCUUGUGCAACUAGAAUGUGGAAAGGAUGCUCAACUAGUGUGA